UGAGUUAAACAAUUUCAACAAGAUGAAGGUUUUUCCUGCAGCACAAGUGAUGAGUGAGACUGUGGCCAACAACCUUGAAGAUAUCCAUGGGCCUGACAAUCUCAAGGAGACUGUGAAGUUCAUCCGUCUGGUAGACCGGUUCUUCGAUUGCCUAAACGGUCACAGCACCACUGAGGGCCGCCACCACCUGAAGCCAGACAGGAACCCAUAUACGGAUGCAGAUGAUCCAAGGCUGAAUUUUCUACAGGAUGAGUUCUUGGGUUAUCUUCAAGAUUGGAGGCAAGAAGUACAGACAAGGCCCGGAAGAUAUACUGCUAUGCAAAGAAAAGCAAUGACUUUGACACAAGAGACAUAUGAGGGUAUCUACAUCACAGUGCACAGUUUUGUGGAGGUUGUCAAAUACCUCUUGUCACCAGAAGUGGGUAUUGACUUCCUAAAUUCUAGAGAUCUCGUGUGUCAGGACGAUCUAGAACAGUAUUUUGAAGCGCAGCGGGAGAGAGGUAAACUGAACAAUAACCCAACCUUGAAACAAGCUCUCCACAACGAUACUAAGAUUAUGAAGAUGGGAGAAAUUAGACAGACCUUGUUCAAGGGAAAUACAUAUCGGAAGAGGCAGGCCAACAUUGAGAUCGACGAAACCCCAAUGCCAAGGCGCAAACUCCCAAAAACGCUUAGAAAUUAGGGCCAGCCUCAUUGUGAGAGUCUGCAAGGAAGGAAAGCAAUCCUGUAUUGUAGAUAAUGUCUACAUGAACUCAUUGUUAACAUGAAAAGUUGUAUGUUACUCUAAUACCGAAAUAGUUACCCAAAUGUUAGCAUUAGCAUAAUUCACAGUUAUUUAAUUUAAGUCUGUUAUCUAUGUUCCGACUGUUCACUUGUCGUUAGAAAUUAUCAUUACCGUCCUCCAGUUUGUCUCCUAGAUACUCCAAACAUGCCGGUGCCGGCAGCCAGCGUGGAAUUCUGGGUAGGGUAGGGUCGUGUAAAUAAAUCUGUGGUAUAUACACAGCAAUGGUAUAUUUACAGUACUUACAGUAUAGGUAGGAAGGGAAACAUAAAUAUUCAAGAUUAUAGGAGUAAAAUCGUUUUAAUGUUGUGUUAAAGUACAUAUUGUUAUUCAGUAUACGUAGGUAUUUAAAAUUUUUAGUCUUAAGACUGAACUAUCUAUGGAGGAAGAAGACAUUUGACACUGUUAAAUCCUAAUAAAAUUAUUCUGAGGCCUCAACCCUUAUCUCUUCUUAUUUCUAUUGGAGUUUUUUCUGCCAGUUUUCUUUUCUUUUGUUGAAGGAUUUUUCUUGAGAUUCGUCCUAGUGGCAACAGUUGUCCUCUUGAAGAGCCCUCGCACGAUCCUCUUCGCCACUGCGUUUCCAAUUAAUUUUCUGUAUAGAUUUACCAGAUAUUCCAGGAAGGCCUGUUGAUGUGUCUCCUCCAUGCCUCUGACCAGACUGUUCCAAAGGUCUAAGAGAUGAACAUCAUCAUAAACCUUUGAUAAAAGGGCAUCAAGGCUUAGUUUGGACCGUAGACCGUCUCUACUUUCAAAGGCUUCAACAUGGGCAUCGAGGCGGCAGAAGAACUUGAAUGCCCCGUCACUUGGUACGGUCAGCCCAUUCACUCUUCUGCCAUUUUUCACUUCUCCUCUGUUUUUACGAUCUAUCCAAGAUCUAACCUUCUUAUCAGAGAUUUUUUCUGCAUUGGCACCAUUUUCAGAGAAUGUAUCUUUAAUGCAGUGGAAAAUGGCACUGUUUUGAUUUUUUUUGAUGUUCCUCCAGCAUCUACGCUUUGUCUUCCAUAGUGCCCAUCCAGAAACGUACAGCACAUUUUCUUUCCGGUCUUCUGCGUGUGCCAUGGUUGGUUGAAGUGUUCUCUCCCUCAUCUUUGAUAGACGGUAAAGAAUCACCUUAUCUUUCAGGCACAUCAGAAAAGAGGACAGGAAUUGAGAUGUGCCCUCUCCAAGCCCAGUCAGAGUAUGAAUAAUUUCAGUACACUGUUGUCGAAAGUCGAGAUUGUUCAGAAGUCUGUGCAAGGGAGCAAUUGUUUCCUUCCUUUCCUCUGAGAGAAAAAUUGGUGCAUCAGCAGCAUUGAUGACUUCUGCAAUUUGCUCAACACAGUGCUGAAAAAGUGGCGUGCCAUUGCAUGCCUUCAGUGCAGAGGACACUCUUUUCAGUUGUGCAAGGGCUGCUCCACUUCCCUCUUUUCCCAGCAAUUCAUUCAGAGUAGCAGCUCCCAACUCUGAGGCUGCUGCAACAAUCUGUGCUGGUGAGCAGAGGGACUUGCGACGAGCUGGAUCAAAAGAGGAAAGCCACAUGUCAAUAAUGAAAAUCCGGCUUGUUUGUUAAGAACUGUUAUACAAAUACCCUACCUUGAACAUUGUGCAGUCUGAUGUGACGCGUAAGCCAACCAGUUCUCCCUUUUUCAGUCUUCCCUUUGAACUGGGCUCCACAUCCUGGGCAAGGUUGUUGCUCAUUGUCGUAAUAAUCUCCCGUGUCGUACACCAGUCCAGGAUCGUCUUCGUCUGCACCUUCAUCAUCUACCAGGGUGUAGAUACUUGACAGAGGAAUUUCGUUGCAAUCUGUUUAAUCAUACAUUUUAGUAAGCGCCACCAAAAAUAUAAUGGAGAAAGUACAUUAAGCAACAUUUACCAUUUUCUUCACAUGAUUCAGAUGAACUGCCUGAAGAGAGGUCAGAGUGGUCCAUGUUUGUGCUGUAAGGGAAAUAAUGAUUUUCUACAUUAUUACUGCUGCGUGCAUGGUAAAUGCUGAUUUAGAUUUAUGGACACAUUUACAUUGUUUUAGGCCAAGCUUCAGUCAUUGGCCCAAGGUAUUUUUGUAGUCAUCUUGCCUUUAUAUGUUAAAUAUUCUACUUCUUGAAUUGAAAAAUUAUUUGUGCCUGACUUAUUAGCUUAAAAGAAAACCAAGCGGCAUGCUCUUGGUUUUGAAAACACAUGAACUGACUGAGUGUACCGGCCAGUCUAAAUAUCUUAAUUUAUCUUAAUCUGUGUCUAUUUAUUGUUAAAUUACUAUUACUUGUUGCCUUAGUCUGUGCCAUAUUGUGAGCCACUUGUUAAGACGGUUCUCCCAGCCCAUGGACUGCAGUUUGGGGUGGAAUUUAAUUUUAACUCAUGUUUAUACAUAGCCAGUCUAAAUAGCUUAAUUUAUUUUUAUUCAUGUUUUUUCAUUGCCUAAUCUAUGUGACUCAAAUUUUUGAAAAUUCAUAUUAAAAGCCUGUUUUUUUAAAUAUA